UCAUGGUCGUAAACGCCGUCGACGUCGCUGCCGCAAUCGCCACUGCCGUUGGUCAGUGUCUCUUAGAUAGCCGUCACGCGCAUAGGUAUGAUGAACGCUUCGCGAUCGGUCGCGGAUUCGCUCGCGUCUGUUCUUGGGUUCGCGCUCAUGUUGGCCGUCACCGCCGCCGAGUCCGAUCCGGCCGGACCUGACGUAGCCACGCUACAGACAACGAAGACCCUCGUGCCGGCCGAAGGUCGCGGACACUUCAAGAAGAUGAUGUUGAACCCGUACAUGCUGAUACCGCAGCUGAUCGCGCUGGGCUUCGCGCCGAUAGUUUUGGCCAACCUCAAGAUGAUGGUCAUGUCAGCGCUAAUGAUCAACAACAUGGCUCUGAACGCGGCCAUUUUCAUGACCAUCCGCAACAUGGUAUUCGGUCCGCGACCCAAGGUCAAGUACGUCAACCACGGUUAUCACAAUCAUCGCCAAGGAGACGGCGAUCGUUCGCAUCACUACCACGACAGACAGAAUGAGCAGCAGCCGCCGUCACUACAACACCACACGUCUUUGGAAGGAACGCAAACGGCUACAGACUGGGACCACAAAAGGACGGAUUUAGCCGUCGCUGCUUCGUUGCGACGACGGACGUCACCGCCACUAUUUAAGCACAGAGUUUAAAAAAACCAUAUUAUUUAUUUAUUUAUUACGCGCCUUUUAAUAAUUUAUGUUAUUAUGUAAACAUCGACUAGUCCACUUAAUCAAUUUAUUAAUUUAUUUUGCAUUUUUAUUCGUACGGUCGAAUAAAAGCCCAGAGGCUUGACCUAGGUGUCAUAUAAUAUGUAAGUACUAAGUACUAAAGUUCACAAUAUCGGGUUGCAUUGAAAAUCGCUAAACAUAGAAUAAUUAAUCAAUAUUCAAUAAUCAUAGCUAUAAUAGGUAUAUGGUCCCUUAAACGUGAUUUAAUGGCUCAUUUAACUUAAGUGAAUCAUAAAAUGAAUCGAGUUUUGUAUGCAACUCGACAAUAGUAUAAAACGUGCGUACUCAAAUAUCAACUAGGUAUAUGACAGAGUAUAGUGUGCCAAAGUGGUAUAUACCUAUAAUGUUCAAUAAAGAUUCACUUUUAAGUUUUAAGUUAUGCCAAAUGGACGUGUUUAAACUUAAUGUUAUCCUGAAGUCGCUUUAGGCGCGUGCUCAUAGAUGAGGAUGACAUAUCUCCGCUUUGGAUAAUUAUUGUAUAUUAAUUUCUCAUAAUUUAUUAUUAAACUAAAAAUUCAUGUUUUUAGUAUUUUUUUCUGUUUGAUUUUUAAUUUUUCAUGUCAGUUAAGUUGAUUGAUGGCAAGAAAAUAUAAUAAGGCAUAUUUAUUUCCAUCAUAUUGGGUAAUUUACGCCAAGAUAUUACUAAUAAGUAAUAAUGUCCAAGUAUAUUAUAAUAUACAAAUUAUUCUUACAGCUUAUAAACGACUAAUGACAUACCUAUUACUAUAAUGAACUAAAAUGCAAGAAUAUAAAUUAUUAUUGUUAUAAUAUGAUUUGAGAAUAGUUAAAAAUAAGCUGAGCACGCUACUGAGUCGCUUCAUGUAAGACAUCCUUGUGAGAUAUCCUGUAAUCUAUAUGUAAGUUAAGAUUUUAUAUGUAAUGAAAAUGCUUAUAUAUUAUUUUACAUCAUAUACCGUUUGUCAUUACGUGGAAGUACACCGUCGUCUUAUCCAGAAAAAAUGCCGAAUGCUGUAAUAUUAUAAAAAUCGAGUUACCUUUUUUUUAGAUAUUACCUAUAUACAUUGUACCAAUUUAAUAUACGUAAAAAAAUUGUUACUUUUUUUAUGACAAAUCAUCUGUUCUAUAAAUUACUUCAAACAGCACUUUUUCUCAUAUUAGAAAUAAGUAUACCUAAGUAUUAAUCACGUAUAUACUACGUGUAGGAGAGAUUUUUUACUCAAAAAUUAUUUUAUUCUUGUAUAAACCUAUAUAAAUAUAAUAUAAUUGUGUAGUAUACGAACGAUUUGCAGGACUUACCUAUAUACACCAUUUCAAACAAAAAUACAUAUUUUAGCGUCAUCGAUAUUGAUUGUAAAUGUCAAUGGUUAAUAAAUUAUAAUCAAUAGCCUAUCCUUAAGGUUAGUAAAUAAAUACCUAAGAUCAGUUUAAAAAUUUGAA